AUGAACAAAAAGGAGAAUAAAAGUCGAACGAUUGUCAAAGGCGUAGGAAAAUCAUCGGAAGAAGCCAGAAAAUAUGAAUCGAAUUCGGAAGAUGAAAGAAAACAACAACCGAAAAAACUGAAAAUUUUGUCGCUUUUCAGAAAUUCGCAAGAAUCGAGUGAAGAUGAUAAAAGAAUGAAGAAAUUGAAUAUUCGAACUGUUAAAGAAUUAGAUAAAGAAACAAAGAAGAAGACUGUUAGAAAGGUGAGAAUUGUUGAAAGACAACUUCACGAUGGAUUUUGAGCCAGAAAAAAAGAAUUUAGAUAUAGGCUAAAAAAUUAGGGACGAGAAAAACAUUUUCUUUUUUGAUCAAUGGAAUCAAAUAGAAACUAUUCAAGAAUAAAUUAGGGAUCACAGUCUAAAAAUAGAGAUUAACUAGUAUUUUUUGCAGACAGCUGCAGCUAAAAGACCAAACGCAAAAGAGGAGAAAACAAAAGGAGCUUCAACUUAUACAGUUCUCUCAACUUAUACACAAAUGCAACCACCAACUGAAAAUGAUUUUGAAGAUGAGAAUAUGAAUGUAUCACCGUGUCCAACAAACAUAAAUGUAGUUCCAGCUGUUGCCGCAAUUAAUAUCAAUCCAACUCAUGCACCAAUUCUUAAUUUAUUGUAUAAACUUGGAUUGGAACAUAGUGAAGUAAUGAAAGAACAAUGGAAAAGAAUUGAUACUAAAAUUGAGAUAAAAGCGAGUGAUUGUCAAGCUUAUAAUGAAAAUAAGAAUUGGAAUCAGGAAAAAGAUAAGGAAUGUUUGGAUAUUAAUCGAGUUAAGAUAAAUGAUGGAUAUGUUCAUGCAAGUUAUUUUGAAACUAAAGAAAUUCCUCGCAAAUUUAUUCUCUCACAAAUUCCAAUUGAAGAAUCCAAGAAAAUCGCAGCUUUUUGGUCUAUGAUUUAUCAAGAGAAUUUGAAAACUGUCUAUGUUUUGUGCAGUGCUGAUGAAAAGAUUUCGGGAAUUUUUCCAAUUUCAAAUUCUGGCGCAGAUUCUGUGAAAUUUGGCAAUCUUCAAGUUCGAAAAAUUGAAGAUUUUUCUGAAGAUUUGCAUUGUUUCGAUAUUUAUAAAUCGGAUAGCCCAUUCCGGACCAAAAUUCAAUUUUUGAAUGAUUGGCCUGAAAAUGGUGUCGCUAAAAACACAAAGAAACUUGUUACAGUUCUGACAAAUGUUGUGGAUGAUUUGCAACAAAAUAAUAUUGCGAUUGUUUCGAGAAGAGGAACUGGCAGAGCUGCUACUUUUUUGGCUAUUUCUUAUGGAUGUUAUUUGACUAAAAAUGGUACAAAUUUUAAUGUGAGUUCUACAAUUUUUCUUUGAAAAUUAAACAUGUUACCCUAAAAUAUUUGUUACAGCUCAAAAAAAUAUGCCGUGCAAUUCGCAAGCAAAGACCUGGAGCGAUUUCGAAUUACUUGCAAUUUGUGUUUAUUUACUCGAUGAUCUUCCAAUUUUCUCUACAAAAUAUGACGGAUCUUGAAUUAAAAACUAGAACUCAGAAAACUAUUCAAGAUAUUGAUUUGAUUCUUAAAAAUGAAUGA